ACGCCAACUGUUAUGUAGGUGUUUGAGUGUAGUGGGCAGUAUAGCAACAACUAUAGCAACUUAGGUGUCAGCUAUCCGCCAUAUUGGCGAGCAUCUAUCUCUUGCUUUGCUUUGAUUUGCUUUGCUGUAUACGUUAUUGCCGUUCGUGAUUUUGUGUGACAGUGCUUUUCUGCAGGCAAAAUUUAAAUAAGCGAAAAUGUUUAAAUAUUUGUAGUGUGGAACAAUGGCCGAGCACAGCAUUAGAGUUGGCCAAAAAGUGCAAAUUGUCGGUAGAAAUCUACGUGGACAAGUAGUCUACGUGGGCUUGACUAGCUUCUCGCCUGGUAAGUGGAUAGGCGUGGUGCUCGACGAAAAGGAUAAAGGCAAAAAUAAUGGCACCGUCAAGGGCAUCACCUAUUUCAAAUGUGCUCCUAAUUGUGGUCUAUUCGUGCGUCCAUCACAAUUAAAUUUAAUACAAAACCAAGAAUCCGGUGAAAUGACAGAAUCAGCAGCGCACGUCGGCCAGACUGGAGGGCAAACCAGUGGCGUCUCUUCGGCCGGAAAUGAAAAAAAUCCAACGCCAGCAUCAACUGAAUCAACAGCUGCGUCGCGUACUGCUACUGCAAAAUCGCUUGAAAGGAAUGCAGCGCAAAUUGAAAAAUCUGAGAAGUCAACAACAACAGCACAAAAGGUAAUGCCUGCGCCGAGUGCAACAGCGAACAGCAGUAACGGGACGGGUGCCACGAAUGGCAAUAUGUUGAAAGCGACCAAAAUCAAUCAACCCAUACAAGCAAAUCAACGUGUCAUCUCUUCCAAUACACAACUGGAGCUCUCAUUUACGGGAGCUACAGUAUCCGUUGCUGCACCCAAGCGCAGUAAGACUACUGUGAGCCCCUCAGAGUCAUUUUGCUGUGUCCGUCAGCGUUCGGCAUUUGUAGAGACGGGCUUUCUCGAAAUUCUCCAUACUCAGUUUACGCCUGGUCAUCCACAACGUUCACCCACUGUGUUCAACAUUGCUAAUGGCGCACACAGUGCAAUUGCCAUCAGUCCCACAGAGCAGCUGCAACAACAACAGCAGCAACUACAGCGUUGUAAGGAUUUGGAGGCGCAAAAUGCGAAAUUAAUGGAGGAAUUGGAGGACUUGAAGAAUCAGCGUUUGGACGACAAGCGGCGUUUGCAUGAAUUGGAACGGGUGCGCUUGCAGAAGGAGCAGUUGAGCGAAUUCAAAACACAGAUUAUGGAGCAGCAUGGUAUGUUGCAGCGUGAAUUGCAACGCUGCCGCCAAGAGCUGAGGGAAGCGAACGAAAGUAAAACCAAGUAUAAACGCGAACUAGACGAGGUGGCUGAGAAUAUUGAGUUGCUCACGUUGGACAAGGAAAUGGCGGAAGAGCGCGCCGAAACUUUACAAAUCGAGUUGGAGGCGGCUAAUGAACGCAUUGAGGAACUCAGUUUGGACGUUGAGAUAUUGAGAGCAGAAAACGACAAUACGACUUCGGCAGCAAUUGGUGUGCAUGCUGAAAACGAACUGAAGGAGGAAAUCAUACAGCCUACAGCAGCGGAGAUGCGACGACUCGAACAGUAUAAUCAACGCCUGCGCGAGACAGUGGUGCGUCUGCGCGAUGUACUGACACACGAAAAGCAAGAUCUACAAAAGGCCAACAAGGAACUGGAGACGAAGACGUCUGAGAUCUCAGAACUUAAGAAAACGAAAGAGAUACUUUCGAAACGUAUUGAUGUAAUGGAAAUGCAUAUUAUCGACUUGAAAGAGCAAGUAGAUGCAGCACUGGGUGCAGAGUCCAUGGUUUCAUCGUUGGCCGAAUCGAAAAUAGAGUUAGAAGAACGUGUGAAAUUGCUGGAGGAAGAAGUUAUGGAACUGGAGGCGCUAGAGGAGAUACAUGAGCAAAUAAUUGAAGGUAAUCAAGAAUUAGAAAUCGAUUUAAGAGAAGAGAUAGAUGCGCUCAAUAUAACGAUAAAAAUGUUACAAGAAGAGAAAAACAAUACGUUGGAAACCAUAUACGACCGAGAUGUGACCAUUAUGAAAUUUAGGGAGCUUGUCAAGACUUUAAAUAAUAACAUCCUCUCAAGAGAGCCGCCAACAAAUGCGCUAGGCUUGGGCACAGGCACUUCCACUUCGGAUGAUCUCAGCAGUACACUCUCGAAUCAGGACGAAACGCAAAGUAUUGACUUCAAUCACAUGUUUUCGGUGACAAAGGCAUGUGAAAGAGCCAUUGAUGUGCGUCUAAAUGCAAUUGAACUCAAGCUGUGUAAAGCACACAUUGGUCACCUACUGGCGUUCGUGCCCGAAGAUAUCAUGCUGCGUGGCAGCGAACACGACAUCAUAUUGGUGCUGCUCCUGCUGCAACGUUUGUAUGAAAAAAUUGAAAUUAUAUGCCACAUAAUUAAUGAAAAGUUUCCAUCUUCGUGUGAGUUCGCCAAAAGUGCAAUAUUCGAGGGUUUUUCCGUGCAGCGAUUCGCUUUCCGCUGCAAAUGUCUCUACGUAUUGCGCAGCCUCAAAUUAGUCAUAAAGCAACUAAUUUUCGGUUUAAGUCACAGUGAUUACGAGGUGUGCACACAUGCCGCCAUAUACCGCGGAGAGAUGGAGACACAAGAGAAGUCUAUCGAUGAAUUGAUAAAUCGUCUAAAGGGCGAUAUGUUGGAUGAAAAUACACCAAUGGAGGGAGUGGAGCGGACACUAUCAUUUUUCAAUACACUCUAUACAAAUCUCAUUUGCACACAGAAUAUUGCCGAACUGAUUGAUGAACAGCAACUCUACGUUAUGCUCGUGGAGGUACUCGAGGUCUACCUGGACUGCAUUAACACGAAUGCUGGUAUUCUGCAUACCAUCAUACAGUUGGGAGAUGAAAACACCGAAUCCUUUUGGGCCAUGCAAUUCCUUAUGGAAAACGUCAACCAAUUCAAGCAAAAACUGCGGAAGCUGCAACGCAAGCUUACCUCUGCCACUAUCGAUAUUUCUGCCAUGCAGCAACAACAAAUUGAACGCAUACAACAUAUACUAACUUGCAACGAACAUUUCGGUAGAUUUGUGAACAUUUUAAUAGCAACAGUCAAAGAUGGCACAAAGGACAUAUCGGCGAAUACUCUUGUUAACAACGAAGAUUAUUCCUGCGACGCAGCCAUCGAGCAUAAGAAGCUUUGGAAAAUUCUUGUUUCCAAUUGCACCACAUAUGCGGUAGAGGAAAAGUCAACGCCAACUGCCUUAUUCCAUCAGUGCAUUCAGCAGCUUGACGAACUUAUUAAUGAGCUCACCGUUUUCAUCUCGGAGAAUGAGACUUUGCGCAGUGCAAAUAAGAACACAAUGUUUGUGCGCUCCUCAGCCACCACGCUGUUGCAACGCGCCAUGCAACUGAAACAGCAAACAGAUGAUAUAAAGUCACUAAAACACGCUUUGCUCGAAAGAGAUAAAGAGAUCAAAACACAAAAAUAUUUGGCGAAAAUGAAACAGAACGAAUUUUCCGAAAUGCAAGUACGCAAAGAGAAUGCAGAAAGGAACCUAAUAAAAGCUCAGCGCAACCAAGAGGAAUCACUGACACAGAUUAUCGAACAUAUCGAACAUUUCGACAAGUUAAUAGGCGAGCGGGAAAAUGCUAUUACACAUUCUUUCAAUAUUAUGCAAAUGAAGCUCGCCGUCAUGGAACAGAAUCAUACACGACUGGAGCAAGUGCUCACUGCACGCAAGCAGGUAAUUAAUUUCUCUACCGGCGAAAGUGAUCGCGAAAUUGAAACGCUCAAUAAAUGUUUACGUUAUGAGCGAGAGGAACGUAUUAAAUUGCAUUUCAACGAAAUGAAAACGCGCAUGCGCAGCUUCGAACCGCUACAUGUGCCGCAACAAAAGGGUUUGGUGAAUGACAACGAAACACGGCUGGGUAGGGAAUUACGAAUGUUAAAAAACCAAUGGAUACUUUCACAUAUCAAAUUAAAACCAAAUAUGGAAACCGAACGUAAUUCGCUAAAACGAAAAUCAAAUGAACUCUUACAACGUACAAUGAGUACAUACUUCAAAUCGCAUCCGCAUCGCUGCGCAUUCAGUGAUUUUGGUGCUUUCGGCACAAGGGAUUUGAAGGAGAUAUUUGAAUGAAGCCUUUUCUUAGAAUAUACUCGCUAAAUUACAAUACAAUAAAAUAUUAUUAUAUAUAU